AUGUUACCAAAAAAUCAACUUCUACAGCAACAACAAUUCAUUAAGUUGCGACAACAAUCAAAUAAUCAUAACGAUAACAAUAAUAAUAGUAGUAGUAAUAGAUAUAACAUGAAAUACUCAAUUAUUGUUAUUCUAUCACUAUUGAUUCUAUCGAUAUCAUUAGUAGUUCAAUCAUCAAAGAUACAAUAUGGAUAUAAACAAUUAAAUACUAGUUUACCUAUCAAAUUUAAUAUUAUUGGACCAUUUCCUAUUGGUGAAAGAGAGGAGUGUUACGAUACUUUAGAAGCUUACGGUGGAAUUUGGAAUAUUCCAAUUGGCGAUGACACAUUGUAUCCAUCGGAGCUUGGAAACGAUGGUAAAGUAGGAUGGACACAAUACACAGCAUCAACACCGGGUUCAGUGUCGAUCGAUUGGAGUUCUUCGAUCUCCUGGCAAUUCUUACAGUCGGUAUGGGGAUGGAAUAUAUGGCUGUGGUACGGUUAUGCCGUCGGUGAGCUGGAAGUCGCCCAGAAAGGAUCGUACAUUCUCCAAUGCACUGGAACACGUGCCAUUUUCAUUAGAUACCCAGACUCUGACUUGAUCUUGGAGUUCAAUGGUGACUACUAUUCCUAUGGCACCGGUGCACAGUCACUCAUUCUUCCGGCUGGAGUAUACCAAUUCGUCGUGAGAAUGGACAGUUCGGUGCGUUUGAAUCAAUCGCCACUAGGAUCGUUCUCCUGUUCUUUCACACAAGCAACUUCACUGCUUGAACCGAUCGGAGCAGACACUCUGCUACCGGACAUUGUGAACGGUCAACUCAGUUCACCAUAUGCAUCGAUUACCGUCCUAAAUACUUCACCAGGCAUUCUACGUGCACUCAGUGCCAACGUAAGAAUCUCAGGUGUGUCAUCGACAACCAGCUUAGCUGUCAACUACAACCUCAACAUUGCACCAAAUCAAAAACUGGCAAUUCCUCUCAAUAUUUCAUUUGGUGACUUGGUAAGUUUGUCGCAAUGUCCAUUGCCAGCCGAUAUCGACAUUAUGGUGAAUGGACAAAUCGUUGUAACUGUCAGCUCAACCUUUAAUUGUACACAAUAUCCAAAUCCAUACACUUUUACUUUCUUGGACUAUGAUAACACCGUUCAGUAUGCUGUUACCAAUCCUCCAAUCGACUGUCAAGGACAACCAUGUGGUGUAAUGCUUGCUACCCAUGGUGCCGGUGUCGAGGCAAACUCUCAAUUCUGGAUGGACGCUAUUCCACGUCAGCAAAACCUCUAUAUCCUCUAUCCAACAGGUCGUCGCUCAUGGGGAUACGACUGGGAGUCGGCAUCGCGUAUCAACGUAUUCAACGCACUCCAAUACCUAGCAACAAACCUUCCAGGUAUUCCAUCGAAUAUCAAAUCGGAAUAUCCAAUUGACGCUACCAAAGUGUUGUUUGUUGGUCAUAGCAUGGGUGGACAUGGAUGUUGGUCUCUGUUAUCACAUUUCGGUGAUUUGGCAAUGGGUGGUGCAUGUGCUGCCGGUUUUGUUAAACUUCAAUUCUAUGUUUUCAUGAAUACCAAACCAGGAUACUCUUAUGUUGAUCCAAUUCUUCAAGGAUUGUUGAUGGCAUCGAUUGCAGAGAAUGAUAACGAUAUGUAUACUACUAAUUUGGCUGGUUUGCCGUUGAUGGCACGUUAUGGACAGAACGAUACCAAUGUGAAUCCAUGGCAUUCGCGUCGUAUGGCUCGUAUGACUGCCGAAGCCAACGGAAAUGCAUCGUCAGUUAUCAUUAGCGAGGUUCCAAACGAAGGACAUUGGUUCGAUGGAAUUCUCGGUGAUUCAUACAUGCAGCAAUUCUAUCAGUCGAUCAUCAGUGGUGGACUUUCACAUCCACCCAUUCCCAAGACAUUCACUGUCACCACGAACAAUCCUGCAUCAUCGGGACAGCGUGCCAACAUUGAAAUUCUUCAACUGACAACACCAUUCCGUGUUGGUAGAAUUCAAAUCACUCAGGUUCCUCAGCCAAAUGGCGACCUCUACUGGGUCAUCUCAACUCAAAACGUAAGAAGAUUCGGAAUAGCACCGACACCAGUUCGACAGGUGAUGCCAACACACGUGAAAAUCGACGGACAACUCUUCUCAGUUGCCUAUUUGCCAAACUAUCAUUUCACAGCACCCGAUAAAUAUGGAAUCUACUGGAAUGUAUCGGACGAUACCACCUGGCAGCAGUUGGAGCGUUCUGCUUCCACCUACGGACCGAUGAGACAAAUUUUCGAGAAGCCGUUCUCGAUUGUCACCGGAUCCAACGUCAGCGUUGAAACUACCGAGGUUUUCGAAUGGGCAGCUUCGUACAUCUCCAAUUUCUGGCAAACAUACGGUCGUGGUUCGCCUCAGAUUGUUAGCGACGCCGAGUUUGUGCCGACCGCCGACUGCGCCACUUCCAACUACAUCCUGUUGGGUUCGCCCUAUGAAAAUGCUGUCACCAACAAAUAUCAACCACUGAUUCCAGUGACAUACAGCGAGUUUGGAUUCUCAAUUGGACCGACCAACUAUGAAGAUCCAACAAUGGGUGUGGCUACACUAGCUCCCAACCAAUGUGGAACCGGUCUGAUAUUAGUUGUUUCCGGUAACUCUGUAGAGGGAUUCCUCAAAGCUGUGAAAGCAAUCCCACAAAGAUCGGGUGUUGUCGUUCCAGAUUAUAUGGUUGUCGGAAACGAAUGGGGAUUCAAAGGUGCCGGUGGAAUUGUAGCUACCGGUUUCUGGAGUAACAAUUGGCAAUUCAAUACCGACUCUGCAUAUCAAGCAUUAAAUUAUAACUCUGCGUGGUUAUAA